AUGACAAAAGGUAAGACAAAAAUACAAGGGCCACAUUUGCCAGUAACUGAACUUACUCGAGAACAGAUAACUCCACCCGAUGAUAUUAUACCAACAAAACCAAUAGAUGAAGAAACAAAAAUUAAAAUUUUGCUAGGAAUGUUAGUUGGUAAUCCUGAAUGCAUCCAGCUGUCGGUAAAUGGAUUAGAAAAGUAUACAAAACAAGAAAUAUUUAAUGAAUAUGCAAAAAUUUUACAAAAUUCUACUCAAAAUGUAAGAAAAUAUGAUAUCCAACCAGAAACUGUUGAAUUUUCAACAGAAGAAGAUUUUGAAAUAUUGAAUUAUUCAAAAAAUCAUGAUGAAAUUACUAAUUUGCAAGAUUUUUUUUCUAAAACUCCAUCAAUAUAUCCAUUUCAUAGCAUAAAGGAAAUUUGUGAACGAUUUUCAUACAUAAAAUCACUUAGCCAAGACGAGAAACAUCAAAUUUACCAAAAAAUGGCAAAAAUUAUUCUUUCGGAAAAGAUCACUGCUGAAUCAUAUGAACAUUCAGGUAACCGUGGUGCAUCUAUUUCGGAAUACAUUGAUGAUUAUUACAAAAUCAAUGAUUUUUCAAACUUAGAUUCAGAAAUUUCUUCAAUUUCGGAAUCUGCUUUAUGCUUCAUUAACCUUGUGUUUCAGAAGCACGAACUUGCAAUUCUACGUACAGAAACUCUUCAAUUCGGUUUAACAAAGUCCAGAACUUUAAUUGGAAGGAGUUCUAAGGAUGAGCACGUUGAUAUCGAUAUGGCGAUCUUUGGUGUCAAUGCAUCAUUGAUUUCACGUUACCAAGCUGUCAUUUCUCUUCUUGAAGAUUUGAAUUUUUAUUUAGAGAAUAUUGGAACGGCAACUGUAAAAGUUAAUGGUAUUACAAUACCGACUGGAUCGGUCUGCCAGUUGAUCGAUGGUUGUAUAAUCGAUAGCAAUGAUAAUUUGAUGAUUUUUUAUUCUAAUAGGAAUCUUCUAGAAACAAUUGAGAAGGAAUACAGUAAGCGUGUAAUUAAGAAAUCUAAGUCCAAAUCUAAAUGA